UAGACCUGAACAAGUGUAAGAACGUAUCCAUUUUAUGGAUCUUUUCCAUAAUCAGACUAAUCAGCAAUUCAGGGUGUUUUCUUCCAGUAGUAGGGGCUGUUGGACCGGAUGUUCAGGCCAGAGCGAGAUUGAUAAAAGAUCUGCCGGUUGGUAUUUUCGCAGGAGAAAAACUACAACCUAAGACAGAAGAGAAAACUUUGAUAGAAAUGAGUUUAUCCGUCAGAUCUGUGAAUCUGGGGUUUAGUACAGGAAUAUUUCAAACAGCAGGAUGGAUGAAACUUAAAUGGGAGGAUGAGAGGUACAGAUGGGAGCCUGAUAAAUAUGAAAACAUUGAGUCUGUUAAUCUCCCGUUCUCCAAGGAUUGGUCUCCUGACGUACUGCUGUACAAUGGAUUGGAGGAUAAAUUUAUGUACAAUAAGGUUGGAAUACUAGAGCAUACUGGAGAAAUCACUUACAUUAUCGCUCUUUACACGCAAUCAUCAUGUUCUCCUAACUUUACUGAUUUCCCUUGGGGUAUCCAGGUUUGCAGUUUGAAGUUUGGUUCUUGGAUAAAUACUCAGUACAGAGUUGAAUAUCGUCUUCCAUCAAAUUCGUCAGUUGGAUUGAAUGAGUUUGAAUCUGGAGUAGGUUGGAAGAUAGUAAACACCUCUAGCAGGCUUCAAUCAGUUCAACAUAGUUAAGUUCAGGCAAACCAUUCACAACUA